AUGGAGUGCUCAACUCAGAGAUGGUCCUGCUCCUCCCGAGUCUCCUCCUCCGGGGCCUCGGGCAGGGGGGCGCAUGCUGGUGGAAGCAUCUACAGCGAUGGGAGCAGCUGUGGGCUGGGCGCAAGUCCUUCCUGGGCCUUCCAGGGAAGCAGCAACAGUUGCGGCCUGAGUGGGGGACCUAAGGGCGGCUUUGGAAGUGGUGCUGGAGGGGACUUUGGUAGCUGUGUGGUAACGGGUGGGUUUGGAGCAGCCUCUGGCUCUGGUGGAGGCUCUAGCUUUGGUGGGGGCUCUGGCUUUGGUGGGGGCUCUGGUUUUGGUGGAGGCUCUGGUUUUGGUGGAGGCUCUGGCUUUGGGGGGGGCUCUGGCUUUGGUGGUAUGGGAGGUAGCUUUGGCGGUGGCAGUGGCGGUGAUGGGGGCCUUCUCUCUGGAACUGAAAAGCAAACCAUGCAGAACCUCAAUGACCGUCUGGCCAGCUACCUAGACAAGGUGCGAGCCCUGGAGGAGGCCAACGCUGACCUGGAGACUAAAAUCAAGGCAUGGUACAGCAAGCAUGGGUCUGGAAAAGAUGGCUGUGGAAGAGACUACAGCAAAUACUGGCCAAUCAUAGAAGAUCUGAAGAACCAGGUCAUUUCGGCCAUCAUUGAGAAUGCCAGGAGGACCCUGCAGAUGGACAACGCUAGACUGGCCGCCGAUGACUUCAGGAUGAAGUAUGAGCAUGAGCUGUGUCUCCGGGAGUCUGUCGAGGCCGACAUUAACGGCCUGAGGAAAGUGCUGGAUGACCUUACCAUGACUCGCUCUGACCUGGAAAUGCGGAUCGAGAGUUUAACCGAGGAGCUGGUCCUCCUGAAGAAGAACCAUGAAGAGGAAAUGAAGUGCGCGCAAGGAAGAUCUGGAGGCGACGUGACUGUAGAAAUGAACGCUGCCCCAGGAACCGACCUGACCAAACUACUGAAUGACAUGAGGGCCCAGUAUGAGGCGCUGGCUGAGCACAACCGCCAGGAAGCCGAGAGACAGUUCAACGAGCGGAGUGCAUCCCUGCAAGUCCAAAUCUCGACGGAUGCAGGGGCAGCCAAUUCUGCCAAGAACGAGGUAAUGGAACUGAGGCGCACCGUGCAAACCCUGGAAAUUGAGCUUCAAUCCCUGCUGGCCCAGAAAUGCUCUCUGGAAGGGAGCCUGGCUGACACCGAAGCUGGCUACGGGUCUCAGCUGUCUGGAAUCCAGACCCAGAUCAGUUGCCUGGAGGAGCAGCUCAGCCAGAUUCGGGGUGAGACGCAAUGCCAGAAGGCCGAGUACGAAUGCCUGCUGAACAUCAAGACACGACUGGAGGAGGAGAUCGAGACCUACCGGCGCCUGCUCAACGGAGAAGGAGGUGGAUGUGAUUAUGGAAACUUAGCAUCCAGGCAUGUGGUGCUGAGUGACUCAAGAUCCGGGAGCUGUUCUGGCCAAGGAAAAGAUCCCAGCAAGACAAGAGUGACGAAGACCAUCAUCGAGGAAGUGGUAGAUGGCAAAGUUGUCUCCUCUCAAGUCAGCAGCAUUUCUGAAGUGAAGAUAAAAUAGGCCGUUUCCACAUCAGCAGGGCCGCCUGUCAAAGGGAACAGUUGAGAGGGGAAUUGGUGAGGAGCGCACCACUCUGACCUAGUGAUGGCUCACUUCCAACAGAC